UUAAAUAAGCACUUGUUCUUAACUGACUUGCCUAGUUAAAAAAGAACAUGAUGAAACAAGCCAGCUACGAUUCCCCGCUUAUUGUAAUUGUUGCUAGCUGUCUCGUCAUCCAGAAUCCCCAAAACACACGGACUUCUGUCCCAUUGAAGCGUAAUAACCUUAUUACGGAAGUCGGAAGUAAAAAAACAACAUAUGAUGGCGAUUUUCAAGUGGGAGGGAACGAACGAAGCCAGGACAAAUUAAACACACUUCGCCACGGAGAACCGACAAUUUGGAUCCAAGAUGACGGACUCCAAGUAUUUCACCACUACAAAGAAAGGAGAGAUCUUUGAGCUGAAAGCCGAGCUGAACAGCGAUAAGAAGGAGAAGAAGAAGGAGGCUGUGAAGAAGGUCAUUGCCUCCAUGACCGUUGGGAAAGAUGUCAGUGCCCUGUUUCCAGAUGUGGUGAACUGCAUGCAGACUGACAACCUGGAGCUGAAGAAGCUAGUCUACCUGUACCUGAUGAACUAUGCCAAGAGCCAGCCCGACAUGGCCAUCAUGGCUGUCAACACCUUCGUCAAGGACUGUGAGGACCCUAACCCCCUGAUCCGGGCCCUGGCUGUGCGUACUAUGGGCUGCAUCCGCGUGGACAAGAUCACUGAGUACCUGUGUGAGCCUCUGAGGAAAUGUCUGAAGGACGAGGACCCCUACGUGAGGAAGACUGCAGCUGUGUGUGUGGCUAAGCUCCAUGACAUCAAUGCCCAGCUGGUGGAGGACCAGGGCUUCCUGGACACCCUCAAGGACCUUAUAUCUGACUCCAACCCUAUGGUGGUUGCGAAUGCUGUGGCAGCCCUGUCUGAGAUUGCAGAGUCCCACCCCAACAGUAAUCUGCUGGACCUGAACCCCCAGUCCAUCAACAAGCUGCUGACGGCCCUCAACGAGUGCACCGAGUGGGGUCAGAUCUUCAUUCUGGACUGCCUGGCCAACUACACCCCUCGCGACGACCGCGAGUCCCAGAGUAUCUGUGAGCGGGUGACCCCCCGUCUGUCCCAUGCCAACUCUGCGGUGGUGCUGUCGGCGGUCAAGGUGCUGAUGAAGUUCAUGGAGAUGCUUCCUAAGGACCUGGACUACUAUGGCACCCUGCUGAAGAAGCUGGCCCCGCCCCUGGUCACCCUGCUGUCUGCAGAGCCCGAGCUGCAGUACGUGGCCCUGAGGAACAUCAACCUCAUCGUACAGAAACGCCCAGAGAUCCUGAAGCAUGAGAUGAAGGUGUUCUUUGUGAAGUACAACGAUCCCAUCUACGUCAAGCUGGAGAAACUGGACAUCAUGAUCCGCCUGGCAUCUCAAGCUAAUAUCGCCCAGGUGCUGGCAGAGCUGAAGGAGUAUGCCACUGAGGUGGAUGUUGACUUUGUGCGGAAGGCAGUCCGAGCCAUCGGCCGCUGUGCCAUCAAAGUGGAGCAAUCAGCGGAGCGCUGUGUGAGCACCCUGCUGGACCUCAUCCAGACCAAGGUCAACUAUGUGGUGCAGGAGGCCAUCGUGGUCAUCAAGGACAUCUUCCGCAAGUACCCAAACAAGUAUGAGAGUGUGAUCGCCACGCUGUGUGAGAACCUGGACUCCCUGGAUGAGCCGGAGGCCCGGGCAGCUAUGAUCUGGAUCGUAGGAGAGUAUGCUGAGAGGAUCGACAACGCUGACGAACUGCUGGAGAGCUUCCUGGAGGGCUUCCACGACGAGAGCACCCAGGUGCAACUGCAGCUGCUGACAGCCAUAGUGAAGCUGUUCCUGAAGAAACCCACUGAGACUCAGGAGCUGGUGCAGCAGGUGCUAAGCCUGGCCACACAGGACUCUGACAACCCGGACCUGCGAGACCGUGGCUACAUCUACUGGCGUCUGCUCUCCACUGACCCUGUGGCUGCCAAGGAGGUGGUGCUGGCCGAGAAGCCUCUGAUCUCAGAGGAGACGGACCUGAUUGAGCCCACCCUGCUGGAGGAGCUCAUCUGCCACAUCGGCACGCUGGCCUCCGUCUACCACAAGCCUCCCAGCGCCUUCGUGGAGGGCAGCCGCGGUGUGAUGCACAAAAGGCUCCCCGCCCGCACUGGAUCAGGAGAGGGUACGGAAAGCCCAGACAUGGGCAAUACUGCUGGGGGCUCUGCCCCUGAAGCUGCCACCUCUAUCAUCCCCUCGCAGGGAGACCUCCUGGGGGACCUUCUCAACCUGGACAUGGCACCCCAAACCACCACUGGCCCCACCCACCCCACCUCCGGCAUGCAGAUGGGGGGCAUGGAUCUCCUUGGUGGAGGUCUGGACAGCCUGAUGGAUGAGUCUGAACCGCUUGGAGGAGAUAUUGGUGGGAGUCCUGCGAUGGGGGCUGGUUUUGGCGCGGCUCCCGCUGUGAUGCCAGCCUCUCUAAACGCUCCUGUGGGAGGCGGCCUUGGAGACCUCUUUGACCUCGGAGGGGGGGUUGGCAUGCCGAUGGGAGCAUACAUUCCGCCCAAGACAGUGUGGCUCCAAGCCAUGAAGGCUAAAGGUCUGGAGAUCUCUGGGACCUUCGCCCGGCGUGCUGGGGUCAUCCAGAUGGAUCUGGUCCUCACCAACAAGGCCAUGAGCAUCAUGACUGACUUCGCCAUCCAAUUCAACAGGAACAGUUUUGGACUGGCCCCUGCCGGCCCACUCCAGGUCCUCACCCCUCUCGGCCCAAACCAGACCAUUGAAGUCAGCCUCCCCCUCAGCACUGUUGGGCCAGUCAUGAAGAUGGACCCUCUCAACAACCUGCAGGUGGCUGUGAAGAACAACAUUGACGUCUUCUACUUCAGCUGCCAAUACCCCAUCAGCAUGCUGUUUGUGGAAGAUGGAAAGAUGGAGCGACAGGUGUUCCUGGCCACAUGGAAAGACAUUCCUAGCGACAACGAGUCUCAGUUCCAGAUCCAAGACUGUCAUCUCAACUCAGAGGCAGCCAGCAACAAGCUGCAGGGCAGUAACAUCUUCACCAUAGCCAAGCGCACGGUGGAGGGCCAGGAUAUGCUUUACAUGUCCAUCAAACUGUCCAACGGCAUCUGGGUGCUGGCUGAGCUGAAGGUGCAGGCUGGAAACCCCAACUACACGAUCUCUCUGAAGUGCAGAGCCCCAGAGGUGUCCCAGUGUGUGUUCCAGUGCUACGAGGCAGUGCUGAACAACUGAACCCCUGACAGGGCUGAAGUAGGGGGGAAUCCUGAGGCAUGGGGACUGGCCCUGACUGGAAGGAGCUCCUGGACCCCCAACCCCCCCUCUGACCCUCUCCUCCCCCUCCUCCUGACCUACAGGCUUCUGAAAGGCCCUUUUUCUUUGUAGAAUCUCCAACCCUGCUGUCUGUGUGCCCUCCCUGGGAUCCCUGGUUUCUGUUUGUUCUCUGUCUGUCACCCAAUCAUUUACCCUCCUCCUCUCUACAAGUCCUUAUCUGAUUCAAACUAUGUCCAUUUUUAAAACUGCUGACGUCUCUGGCCCACAUGAUCCCAAAGCUUUCUAUAGACCCAUUUUUUUUUUCACUCACGUCAAUAGUUGGGACUGGCCUUUGACUUCACCUUCACCUGUGGUUGUAUGUGGGUGGGUGUUUCCCAUUAACCCACCCAGUCAAGUCUGUUUUCAAUGAGACAUCACCACCCAGUCAGAUCUCCCUUCUCCCUUAUAUGAUGGCUUAACCCCAGUUCAACCCCUGCUGCUCUGAUCCAGUCCACCCUCCUCCCAUGAGCCUCUAGUCUGAUGGGACACCUGGGAGAUGUGUUCAGACCGUGCUGUUAGAGGAGGAGGCUGGGAUGCGAUUCUAUCUCGUUGUGACUGUUUCUCCGUAUCUCCCCCCGAUGCCUCUUCUCAUGAUUAUCUCGCCUUGCAUCUCUGCAAAUUAGUACCUAUAUUUAGUGUGUGUGUAAUUAGCAGUUCAAUCUCCACUGUCAGCAAACCUCAGUGCUUCACAUUAAAAUGUGACAGUACAGACUGUUUUUCCACAUCUCUGGGCUGUGAAACACUUGCUGUGUUGCUGUUCUGUCACCUCACAACUUCCUCUCAAUGUCUCCACACACAAUGCUCUCUCAGAUACGUUCCUCCUUCUUGUUUUAAAGGGAAUUUGAUGUCCCAGCUAGUAAAAGACACUAAAUGGUCCAUGUGUGGCUAGUUUGUUGUUGGCUCAUGCCAUUGGUGUGCCCAUUGUUUUUUUGUUGUUGUACAGAACCUCUGCUGUUUCUCGCUCUCUCACUAUCCCCCCCCCCCCCCCCCCCCCCCCAUGUGUGUGCAUGUAUUUGUGUGUUGGGUUGUGCAUGUGUGCUAAUUGUUAAUUCCGAGGGUUGGAGCAAUGUAUAAUCAUCACUACUAUAUACAAUACCUGUCUCUCCCAAAUGCCUUGCACCUUUCCUCUCCUCAUUCCAUUAUCUAUUCCUGACUUUGUUUGUAGUGUAAUUAGAUGUUUAACUCUGGGCAGGCUAGUGAGGGCCACAGAGGUUUGGGGAUGUUUCUGCUUUGUGCUCUGUCAAUCAGUGUUCCAUGGGCUCUGCCACUUUGUUGCCUUCUCCCCUCUUAGCUGGUCAAAUACCUCUGCCACCUGUCAUAAAGUGGCUUCUAACCACCUGUAUGUUCUGUACUUGACCUGUAUAGGAAACUACAUGUAUAGGUAGCACACAUCAUGAAGUCUUUUGUAUGAAGAAAAUCAGAACAACUCAACUUCACCAGUCUUGUUUUUACCUAGUGUCUCUUUGGGGAAAUAAUUGGAUAUUUAAACUUUUGAGUAAUUGAAUCAGAACUCUCUGGAACAGCUCCGAGGGAACUCACUAUUUUACUGCAUGGAGAUUAGUGGAUUUACAUCUAUCUGUCUGUCUGUCUGUCUGUCUGUGUGUGUGUGUGGCAAAAAGCUGACGUGUGUGUGUGAUAAGCUGUAAAAUAGCUGAAGGCGAAAUCAAUGUUUUUUUGACUGACUGUACAUCAUUUGAAACAGAACUAUUAAAAAUCAGAUAUAUUCACAAA